AUGUCCCGAUCCGCCGCAGACGCAACGCGGUUCACGGCCACAGGGCCCUACGCCAACUCCAAGACCGCAGGCGCGUACCAAGCCCCAGAGUUUGGGAAAAAGACCUCCAACAAGAACCCACCACCACAGCAGCUUGGCCCCAGUGGUCAACCGGAGACACCCAAGGAGAAGGUGGAACGACUCCGAGCACAGGCACGGGCUGCUCGGAAGGCACAGGCAGCUGGAACUGGUACGGAUCGAUGGAUUGAGGCUGGGCGGAGGUUCGCCAAUAAAGCGCACAAGGGAAUGGUUUAUUCGUUGAUCGCCGCGUCCGGUGUCUGCGGUGUUCUUACAGUCUACUCGAUGAUCUCGCUCACGAUCUAUAACCGCCGCCAACGUACGCUUUGGAUCGAAAAGGAACUCGAGACUCUCAAACAGGCCGAGAUCGCCUGCGCCAACGGUACCGCAACUAUUGAGCAGGAGGAGCUCCUGAAGAAGGAGAGGAUCGGCGCAAUUAUGAAGCAGAAGCGCGAGGAGGAGAAGGCACAGAAGCCCUGGGCCAAGGCAAAGCGAUUCCUCUUCGAGAAGCUGAAUAUGGAAGACACCGGCGCUGCCGUUGCACCAGCUUCCGCGCCCGUCGUGGCUAUUGAGGGUGCCGAGCAUACCCAAGGCAGUGUUAUGGACGCCGUGCAGGCCAAGCAAGCUCUGGAUGCUGCGGCGAAAACUAACGCUCCGUUGCCCGGUCAGUUGGAUGUGAUGGCUGAGAAUGUGGAACAAGCUGCGAAGGCCAAGACAUCAAGCUGGACUGGUUGGUUGACAGGGCGGUAG